AUGGACUCGACUUUACAGUGUCUGAUUACUGUAGAGACUGUAUUUACUUUGGUGGCUUUUGUUGUCAGUAUUUACGUUGUGGUAAAGUUUAGGAAUAUAUCUACUUUGCAUGGUAACUUUAGACUGGUUUUGGUGAGUUACUGUGGCUAAUUAAGGUUAUUUUACCUUAUGUGGAUAGUAUGACACAAUUGUAUCAAACCGAAUAUUACAGGAGAUACUAUUUAACUAAUUUACAGAGUUACGCGUUGGUAGGUGGUAACAUCUUCAACCUCUCGCACCUAUACCUAUAUCCUCGUAUUGUUGAAUUCUACAAAGAUACCACGGAUGAUGACUAUGUUACUACGUUAGACUUAAAGGUAGCUGCCAUAUUAUACUGGGCUGGCGCAGCGAUCGCCCUAACCAAAUUUCUUUUAAUAGGAUUGGAACGGUUCAUGGCGACAACCUACAGAAAAGACUACGAACAUCGUGGUACCUGUAUUGGGUGGACUAUGAUCACGGUACAUGUUACAGUAUCUGUGGGAAUUGGGUUCGUUCACAUGUCAGCAUACGAUAUGUGUGUGACAUAUGUGGAGGACUGUGAGGGUUACUGCGAGAGAGAUUGUGCGAUGGCACACUUCUUCUACGAUGGUAACUUGAUGUUCAUUGCGGUGUCGUAUCUUGUUGGGUUACUGUGCUGGUUGUUUGGAACAGUGGUGAGUUGAAGUCGGUAAUUUGCUGGCUACACCGGGGUUGGUACGUAAAACGUGUCUAUCUAUUUUGUAUAUACGAUGUAUUGCAGCAAGCCAUAACUCUGAUACGGUUCAACAAGAUGAUAGGGUCGCAGCUGGACACCUUGAGUUUAAGGUUUCAGUACCGUGAGAAUCUGGAGACUCUGAAGGCAAUGUUGCCUCGAGUCACGAUUUACGGAGUAAUGGAGAUCGUAUGUUGCUCUGUAGUCGUAUAUUGUGUGCGAGAGAUGCAGAACAAAAGUGUGGAUAGUGUAGAGAAACAAGUAUUGUUUCAUGUAAGGUAUUAACAUUACUUGAGCUUUGUUAGUUAUUGUUGCAUACCUACAUAGUUGUUGUACAUAUGUAUAUGAAUUAGGUCUGUUAACACUAUGCAUAUGGCUAACAUAUGAAACCUAUAAUAUGUAUGUCACUUUGAAAUCCUUGUUUUAGAUAACAUACGCGGCGAUGGCAGGCUACAACUUGUUCUUUUCUCUAUAUAAUCUACUUGGUUACCCUCCUUUAACUGUAGGCUUUGUCAACGAUCUUCGUCGUAUCGUAUGUAUGGUACCAAUAGAGUUUGGGGCAGUAGUGGCUCCAAAGGAAGUGAAACAAAAGCUGGAUGAGAAAAUUACUUACUUUGAAUAUGUUCAGAAGCAAUGGAAGUAA